AUGGCGCAAUUACAAUUCCUCGUCGCCUCUUUACUCUUGUUUCUCGGUCGCGCUGCCGCUGCUCCUCGUAAUCCCCCCGCCGCCGCCGCCGCCGGCCCCGACUCGACCGGUUUCAGGCUUCCCAUCAGCAACUUCAACGCCAAGGCUGAGAAUAUCAUCCCCAACCGCUACAUUGUCGUGUACAAGGGCGAAUUCAACUCAACCGCCAUCGAUGCCAAGGAGGCGUCCUUUGCCACCACCCUCAAGAAGCGCAACCUCGGCAAACGCGGCCUUGGCGGCCACCUUCUCUCCACCGAGGUCCGCUCGCUCGCCAUGGAUUCUUGGCGCGCCAGCAUCCUGGACGCCGACGACGACAUGUUUAUGGAAAUGUAUAACUCGAACGAGGUUGACUACAUCGAGGCCGACGCACGUGUCCACACCUUCCUCACCUUCGCGCAGACCAAUGCCCCCCCAGGCCUCGCUCGCCUCUCCCAUAACCGGACUGAAAACAGCCCCAACACCUAUGUCUACGACUCGUCCGCCGGAGAAAAUAUCACCGCCUAUGUUGUCGACACUGGAAUUCGCACUUCCCAUAUCGAGUUCGAGGGACGUGCUGUCUUGGCUGCCAACUUUGUCAACAAUGUCGACACCGAUGAAAACGGCCACGGGUCGCACGUCGCCGGAACCAUAGGCGGUGCUACCUAUGGUGUCGCCAAAAAAGCCCAACUCGUGGGUGUCAAGGUCCUCGACAAGAACGGCGCCGGUGCCAACUCGGGUGUCCUCGACGGCCUGCAGUUUGUCAUGAACGAUGUUUUGAAAAGAGGCCUCGGCGGCAAGUCCGUCAUGAACAUGUCCCUCGGUGGUGGCCGAUCCGAGGCCGUCAACCGCGCCAUCCAGCAACUCUUCGCCGCCGGCAUUGUCCCCGUUGUCGCCGCCGGCAAUGAAAACCAAGAUGCAGCCAACACGUCGCCUGCUUCCGCCAAGGCCGCAAUAUGCGUCGGCGCCAUCAACGCCAAAAAUGAUGUCAAGGCCAGCUUCUCCAACAAGGGCGAGGCCGUCGAUAUCUUCGCACCCGGCGUUGACAUCCUCAGCGUCGGCAUCGACUCCGACACAGCCACCAACACCCUCAGCGGAACCAGCAUGGCAUCACCCCACGUCGCCGGCCUUGCCGCCUACUUCCUCGGUCUCGAAUCAAACCUCAACCAGCCCGCACAGGUCGCUCGGCUCAUCACGGGUCUCGCCGACAGAAGCGGUGACGAAGUGCGCCGCAACGACCCGCAAACCACAGACCGCAUUGCCACCAACACCAUUGGAUAA